AUGCACACCUUACACAUUAAGUUGAGCAAUGUACACUGCCAGGAGUGUCAAGCAACUAUACAAAAGAUUAUAUCACGGUUUUACAAACCACUCCAAAUUGAAAACAACGCAGUAUCUGGGCUGAGUAUUCAUGAAUUGUCUCAAAAGGAAGUGUUUUUCCAUUUAAAAGACGCAGAAGUAUCGUUAUACGGGCUCGUCAAAUUUCAACACCACUUGAAAAAAUUGAUUAAACAAUUGGAGAAAGCAGGUUUUGGGGUUGUAAAUUGGGUUAUCAUUGAGGAAAACGGCAAGAGGUGUUCAUCUCAAGAUGCCCCUCGUAAUGCCGAAGCAGGUCGUGGAAAUAUUUCUUACCAUGACGGACUCUUUGAUAUGUGGGGAACUUUUGAAAAAUACCUGGCAUCCAAAUCAGCCAAGAAACAUUUAAAGUAUUGCACAGUUUGCCGAAAUAUCAAGGCAAGUGAAGCGAAAGAAACCAACGACUCUUCAUCCGUUGAAACAAAAGUUGAAGUGUCUCACCCGGAAUACAGAGCAUCCUUUGCGAUUACAGGGAUGACAUGCUCAUCCUGUGUUCACACAGUAGAGGAUGCACUCGGCGGACUACUCAAAGAAAACAAAGACUCAGCUGCCGUGAAUGAGCCUAAUUUUUCUGUAAACUUGCUUCAGCAAUCGGUGGUAGUGAUAAUCAAGAAUAAACAAUUGAUCAAUCAGAUAAUUGAUCGUGUAAACGAUUCAGGAUUUGAAUGCAAGCUUAUUGAAGUGUUACCAGUUCAUCGUUCAAUAAACACAAGAAUCACUGCUCUUAUUAAAGACAUGACAUGUUCUGCAUGUGCAAACUCAAUCGAAGCUGCAGUAAAGAAUUUGCCAUUCAUUUUAGACAGUGGUAUCAAUGUUGUGACAAAGAAUGCCCAAUUUGUUCUUGAGGAUGACGCACGUCAUGGGAACUUGCAAAAGUUGAAAGACACGGUGGAGGAUUGUGGAUUCGGUUUCGAAAUUAUCACCAGUGAAAAGAUCAACUUCACCUCAGCAAAACAAAAGCCAAGAACAAUCAAUAUUAAAGUGGAGGGAAUGUUUUGUAAUCAUUGUCCUGAAGUUAUUAUGAACUAUUUAAUGCAUUAUGGUGACGCUGUUGUGGUUCAUGACCCCAUCAGUUUAAAGCAUCCAGUCAUUAAUUUUACAUACAUCCCGAGUACUGAUGUGACUGCUCGCCAAAUUAUUAUGGAUUUGAAUCAUUUGAGAGACAAUGGAACUGGCGGAUACAUCAUUGACGAAAAUGGGUCAUUCAGUUGCGAGUUGGUGAAACCAGUCUCCGUUGAAGAGCAUAUACGGAAGUUGACAAGAAGUGAAGUGAUGAAUCUUGCUUUGCGUUUGAUUUUAGCUACAGUUUUUGCCAUACCUACAUUUAUUCUUGGAAUAGUUGCAAUGUCUCUACUCUCAAAAGAUCAUCCACUCAGAAUCUGGGUAGAGCAGCCAAUUUGGGUUGGUAAUGCUUCUCGAGCUAGCUGGAUAUUGCUUAUAUUGUCAACACCGGUGUAUUUUUUUGCAGCAGAUACAUUUCACCGUAAAGCUUUUAAAGAGAUCAAAUCUUUAUGGCUUCACAAAAGCUCAUUCAAAAGCAGGUUGCUAAAGUUUGGCUCCAUGAACUUGUUAAUGAGCUUAGGAACAACAGUUGCGUACUUUGCUAGUAUUGCGUUGUUAGUAUUGAGUGCACAACAAAAUGCCAAAACUCAAAUGGGAUUUCACACAACGUAUUUUGACUCAGUUGUCUUUUUAACCUUCUUUUUAUUAAUUGGAAAGUUAUUGCAAAGUUAUUCAAAAAGCAAAACUGCUGACGCAAUAUCAAAAUUGGCAACAUUGAAACAAAAUACAGCAGUUAUAGUGGAUGAGGUUGACGGGCGUUUUGAGAAUGAUCAAGUUGUAGAUAUAGAGUUGUUGGAGAUUGGAGAUUACAUCAAAAUUGGUUCUGGUGAGUCGCCACCGGUUGAUUGUGUCAUAAUCGAUGGUGAAUCAAAUUUCGAUGAAAGUGCAUUAACAGGUGAGUCGACACCGGUGAAACAUUUCGAAGGACAACAGGUUUUCUCUGGAACAGUCAACAUUGGAAGUCGCUCUAUUAUUGCUAAAGUGAUCAGUUUGGAGGGAGAUUCCUUAUUGAGUAAAAUCAUCAACACCGUGAGAAAUGGACAGCUAAAGAAAGCUCCAAUGGAAAGGACUGCCGAUCUCAUCACUGGUUAUUUUGUACCUAUUAUAAUUGCUAUAGCAGUAACUACGUGGAUAAUUUGGCUCAGUUUAGGUCAUUCGGGUGCCUUGCCUCAGAGCUACCUUGACAUUGACAUUGGGGGGUGGACAGUGUGGUCAUUGGAAUUUGCAAUCGCUGUAUUUGUUGUUGCAUGUCCUUGUGGUAUUGGUUUAGCUGCGCCAACAGCACUCUUUGUUGGCUCUGGGUUAGCAGCCAAGUAUGGAAUAUUGGCUAGAGGUGGUGGUGCAGCCUUUCAAGAUGGGGCCACAACCAAUAUUGUGUGCUUUGACAAAACGGGAACUUUGACAAGAGGGGAAUUAACUGUAACCAACUAUUCACUUAUUGAAAAGAGUUCAAUCUUGAUGCAAUUUUCUUUACAAAUUGCAAGAGAUUUGGAGGUUGCAUCGUCACAUCCUUUGGCAAAGGCAAUUAGGCAAUUUACUGAAAAGUUGAGUGGUGACAAAGGUAUUUCUUUAGUUGCAAACAAAAUUCCUCAAGUUGAAACAGUCAGUGGUCGUGGUUUGAAGGGUGCAAUUGUUUUGGACAAUAAUGAUGAUAUUAGUGAUUGGAGCAAAUAUCAUCCUGUCGAAGCCAUACUAGGCAACGAGAGACUUUUCCAGGAAUAUAAUGUUGUAAUCAAUAACAAACAGAAGAAGCUUUUGACCAAAUGGAAGACAGAAUGUAAGUCAGUGGUGUUGGUAGGUUUGAAAUGUCCAACCUUGUUCAACGAUGAUUUGUUUCAUUUAAUAUUCAUGAUGGCUGCGAGGGACCAAAUUAGACCGGAAACCAAAAAAGUGAUUGAAUACUUCAACUCCAAAAAAAUCGAGACCUGGAUGAUUACUGGUGAUAACUCCCUCACUGCAAAUGCAAUAGCAAACGAAAUCGGGAUAACCAAUGUUGUUAGUGAAGUACUUCCAGACGAGAAGGAGGCUCAAAUCAAGCGUAUUCGACAAUUGAAGCAAAAUAAAAGCAGCCAAUCUAAAUGCGUGAUUGCCAUGGUGGGAGAUGGCAUAAAUGAUGCUCCAGCACUUGCUGCAGCUGAUGUUGGCAUAGCCCUUAGUUCUGGUGCGGACCUUGCCGUCACUUCGAGUGAUUUCAUUUUGUUGAACAAGAUGCACCCUUUGAUAAGUCUGGUGACCUUGUUUGACUUAUCCCGAGUGGUGUUUCGUCGGGUCAAGUUUAAUUUUGCGUGGAGUUUGGUUUACAAUAUGAUUGGGUUACCCAUUGCUGCUGGUGUGAUUUAUCCGUACAAGAAUUCUCGAUUGGAUCCUGUUUGGGCAAGUGCUGCAAUGGCGUUGAGUUCAAUUAGUGUUGUGUUGAGCAGUUUGGCAUUAAGAUUUUACAGACCAAAAUUGGAUGCUAAGAACUUUGAUUUAAACGAAGAUGGCGAGGUCUUGCCUGAAGAAGAGUAG